AUGAGGGGUUGGAGAAGCGUUUCUCUUUCUUCUUCUUCUUCUCCCUUUGUUCUUCUUCAACAACUGGAAUUGGGUAACCACAAAUCUGCCUAUUUUCAUCCCUUCUUGUUGUUGAAUUCUUUUUCUAAUGAAGCAUUAUCCCACCGCUGUUUCUCCCAUUAUCCUCCUGUUUAUACUCUCAGCAUCAUGCUUAAUUGUUUUUGCCGCUUGCAUCGUGUGGAUUUUGAGUUUUCUGUAUUUGGGAAAAUGUUGAAGCUGGGUCUUCACCCAAGUAUUGUAACAUUCUCCACUUUGAUCAAUGGACUCUGCAUUGUAGGUGAAGUAGCUCAAGCUGUGAGGUUGUUUGAUGACAUGGUUAGAGAAGGAUACAAGCCUAAUUUAAUCGCGUAUAAUACCAUAGUAAACGGUCUUUGUAAAAUAAGUAGCACUAAUGGUGCUAUUGGAUUUGCUAAAGGGGCUGGAGAAGCGCUUCUCUUUCUUCUUCUUCAACACUCGGAAUUUGGUAACCACAAAUCUGCCUGUUCUUUUCCCUUCUUGUUGUUGAAUUCUUUUGCUGUUUUAAAUAAGGAAAGGGCUCUCUUUUAUUUCCACAACUCUCAUUUCUCCACUACCCAUUGCAAGAAAUCCCAGUAUGUGUUUCAUAAAAUUGAUGAUGCCUUAAACAAGUUUGAUCAGAUGGUCGAUAUGCAUCCACGUCCUUCUGUUGUGGAAUUUAGUCGAUUAGUAGGGGCCAUUGUUAGAAUGAAGCAUUACCCUACUGCCGUUUCUCUCAUUAGACAAAUGGAAUUACUAGGAAUUCAUCCUAAUGUAUAUACUCUCAACAUCUCGCUUAAUUGUUUUUGCUGCAUGCAUCGAAUGGAUUCCGCGUUUUCUGUUGCAGGGGAAAUGUUGAAGUUAGGUCUUCAGCCAACUAUCGUAACAUUCUCCACUUUGAUCAAUGGACUCUGCAUUGCAGGUGAAGUAGCUCAAGCUGUGGGGUUGUUUGAUGACAUGGUAAGGGAAGGAUAUAAGCCUAAUUUAAUCACUUAUAAUACCAUAGUGAAUGGUCUUUGUAAAAUAAGUGACACUAAUGGGGCUAUUAGAAUGCUAAAGAUUACGGAAGAGAGACGUUGUGCACCUCAUAUUGUAACGUACAACACCAUCAUUGACAGCCUUUGUAAAGACAAGCAUGCAACUGAGGCUUUGAAGCUUUUCUCGGAAAUGUGAGGUAAAGGCAUUCCACCAACUGUUGUCACUUAUACUUCCUUAAUACAUUCAAUGUGUACUUCAUGUCAGUGGAAGGAGGUUACAAGAUUAUUGAAUGAAAUGGUGGCCAACAAUUGCAAACCAAAUGUCAUCACAUAUAACAUUUUGGUUGAUGCGCUUUGUAAAGAGGGUAGGGCUUUUGAAGCUCAAGAUAUUGUUGAAGGAAUGAUUCAAAAAGGUGUUGAGCCUGAUAUAGUUACAUAUAAUUCAUUGAUGGAUGGAUACUGUUUGCAAGGUGAAAUGGAUGAGGCUAGAAAACUUCUGAAUUUUCUGGUUAGUAGUGGUUGUGCUCCGAAUGCUGUUACCUACAACAUUGUGAUCAAUGGAUAUUGUAAAGCUAGAAGGAUAAAUGAGGCAGUGGAAGUUUUUCGUGAAAUGACUCAAAAUGGAUCAAUCCUUGACUCUGUUACUUACAAAACUCUUAUUAGUGGCAUGUCAUUGAUAGGGACACUUUUGGCUGCACAAGUACUUUUCAAAGAGAGUGCUCAUGGCGUGGUACCAAACAUGUUGACUUACUCUGCCUUGCUAGAUGGCUUAUGCAAGCAUGGUCAUAUUAAUGAUGCAUUGGGACUUUUUCAUGUAAUGCAGAACAGUGGAUUGUAACCUGACAUUGUCCACUAUAGUAUCUUAAUUGCUGGCUUGUGUCAAGUUGGGCAACUUAAAGUUGCAAGAAAAUUAUUUUGUGCACUCACAGUCAAGGGAUUACACCCUAAUGUCUACACUUACAAUAUAAUGAUCAAAUGGCUUUGUAAGGAAGGGCUACCAAAUGAAGCACAUGAGUUGCUCAGGAAAAUGGAGGUGGAUGGUUGCAUGCCUAAUAGUUGCUCUUAUAAUACAAUGAUCAAAGGAUUUCUUGAAAACAAUGAUGUAUCUAGGGCAGCAGAAAUUCUACAUGAAAUGGUUCACAAAGGAUUUUCUGCAGAUGUGUCCACAGCAGCCAUGGUAGUGGAUCUAUUGAUUAGUGAUUCAACUGGUGAAUCUUUUUGUGCACUAGUUCAGAAAUCGUGAAGGCUAUCAAAAUGUUAAUAUGAGUUAUUUCUUCUCAGCCAACAUCAGUGCAAUAAAUGCAAAUAAGUUUUAUAACCUGUAAGCUGUGACCGAUUCUAAUCCUUUUAAAUUGAGGAAGAAGGCAGAAUUUUACUCAUUGAUUAUGCAUUGUGCAGCCUGCAGGUACUCUAUUAAAUUGAGGAAGAAGGCUGAUUUGGCAUUAUGCAGUCUGCAGUGGAGCUGUACAUCUCUGUCCGAAGCAGGUAUUAUGGCUCUUGCUGUAAGUGUUUUGUUAUAUCAUCUGCAAAGAAUGCAAUGCAAGCAUGAAAGACAUAAAGCCAGAUUUGAGAUAUUUGAAUCUGCGAGUGUUUGUUAUGCAUCUGGAUAAUUCACCAAGUUAAUUCUACUAUAGCCUUCUUGAGGCUCAAAUCAAAAGUCUUUUCUUGCAAA